AUGAACAAAAUGACUAAACCAAAUGAAUCUGACGACCCUCUCCGUGAGCUGAAGCCGGGAGAUGUUAAGCUUCUUAUCUACGCAAGCCUGUGCCAUAAUGGCAGGAUUGACAUGGAGAAGCUGGCUGGAUACCUUGGUCAGAAGAAGUCUUCUGCCAGCACCAACUACUUCCGCGCCAAGGGCCGCUUCCAAGCCAUUCUUAACGAACGCUCCCCACGAAAGUCGGCAUCUGCCAAUGCCGCUCCCAAGUCUGGGGCCGCUGGCGAGUCCAUCAACCCUGCUAGUACCGAUACCCCAGUGAAGAAGCCGCGUUCCCGCAAGCCUGCCUAUGCUGCUUCCAAGGCAACGGCCGCUAGUGAGACCAUCGGAUCUGAUGAUACCGACCCCGGUACCCUAGUGAAGAAGCCGCGUUCCCACAAGCCUGCCGAUGCAUUCUCCAAGUUUAGGGACGCUGGUAAAACCAUCGGAUCUGAUGAUACCGACCCUGGUACCUCAGUUGAGAAGCCGCGUUCCCGCAAGCGUGCAGCAGCCAAAGAUGCAUCCUCUGGCGACGAAGCGGAAGCCAAGCGACGACGCCUGGCUCCCUGGGCUGCCUGGAUUGCCUCCGUGGGUGACCCGGGGUCCCCUCCAACGACCGUUCCAAAUUACACCCAGCAGGCCGCGUCUGAGCCUGAGGAAUCUGUUCAAACGGGGAUGGCCAACGAGGCCAGCGACCUGACCGAGUAA